CGUUGUUUGAUUAUGCCUGCAAACUGCAGGAUUUUGGCCAAAUCCUGGUGUUAUUUAUCUUCUCAAACAGAUGAUGAUGAUGGAGGUGUUCGUCCUUAUCCCCAUCCUCGUCCGCUAGCAUCUCUAUUUAGGCCGAGUUGCUAGUUUUGAUUGCAUCCUUCUCCUUCUCCUUCUCCAUUCCUGUACAAUGGUCAAGAAUAUAGGCGUACCGAUGCUUUUUUUCUUUUCUCUUGUUCUUGCCUCUUUCAGUCUGUGCAAUGGGACGACUAAGAACGUCGCGAGGAUCUACGAGAUAAAGAGGGGAGACUUCAGUGUCAGGAUCACUAAUUGGGGAGCUACUGUGGUGUCUGUUAUUCUUCCCGAUUCCAAAGGCGAACUCGCUGAUGUCGUACUUGGGUUUGAUGAACUCUCUUCUUACUUUAAUGACACAACAUACUUUGGAGCAACAGUUGGAAGAGUUGCCAACAGAAUCAAGGGUGCUCAGUUCACUCUCAACGGCACUCACUAUAAACUUGUGCCUAAUGAAGGCAACAACAUGCUUCAUGGUGGUCAUCGAGGCUUCAGCAGGGUUGUUUGGAGUCUCAAAAGCAAGAGAGAAGGAGAAUAUCCAGCCUUGACUUUCUCUUAUCACAGCUUUGAUGGCGAACAAGGAUUCCCUGGUGAUGUUGAUGUUGAUGUAACAUAUCAAAUUGUUGGUGACUAUAUGCUAAGCGUGGUCAUGAGAGCACAACCAAGAAACAAGGCGACGCCAGUUAACCUUGCUCAGCACACUUACUGGAAUCUUGGUGGUCAAAAUAGCGGCACCAUUCUCUCCAACAGGGUGAAGAUCUAUAGCUCUUCUUAUACACCAGUCGAUGCUGAGCUGAUUCCAACUGGCCAGAUUCUCUCUGUCUCAAACACACCUUAUGAUUUUAGGCAUUCUACGGCAGUUGGAGAACGAAUCCAUGAAGCUCAGGGUGGAGGAUACGAUCUCAAUUAUGUGUUAGACUCUCAUCCUAAUAAACAUGGUCUAUCGCGGGCUGCAACAGUUCACGAUCCAAGGUCAGGCAGGGUUUUGGAGCUGUGGACCACUGCUCCUGGAUUGCAGUUCUACACAAGCGGCAAAUUGAAGGAUGUUGUGGGAAAAGGUGGCUAUGUCUAUGAACCAUAUGAUGGGCUUUGCUUGGAGACUCAAGGGUUUCCGGACUCUGUCAACCAUCCCAACUUCCCCUCUCAGAUUGUAGAACCUGGUCAGGUUUACAAGCACAAAAUGCUGUUCAGGUUCAGAGUCUCGAACGGUCGUAGUUACUAGGUUAUCUACUGGCUAAUGUUGGUUACAUUAAUAAUUUCCAUUUUGUCUUUC